UUUACUUUUGGACACUUUUAGAGGCACAUUAAGCUCCUCGUACAUGCACACACACAUACACAGCCCCCUCAUGCAUACUGUGCCAACAUGCAGACACACACCCUCACUGAGCCGAGCAAGGCGCUGGCUAUAAAAGCUGCUCCCAGUGGAAGGUGUGAAGCACAAUCAGACCAGUCCAGCCGAGCAGACACACAGACACACACAGAGGCACACAUACAGGCACACAGAGACACAGGGACACGUACGACUCCUCUGCACUGGGAUAUGAACACUCUCGUCCUAACCUGCCUCCUGUCCUAUGUAGUGAGCAGUGCUCUUGGGGUGUGGGGAUCAGAGGUGACCUUCUCCACAGAGCUGAGUGGGGUGAUGGGGGGUCCAGCCUCUGGAGAGGGCCUCCACAGUUCUCUGAAUGACGAUGACGAGCUGGAGCCGGUGGAUCUAGACGAAGAUCCUUCAGGGGAAGCACAUCUACCCCCUCAUGUGUUUACCAUUCUUAAAGAUGAGAGAAAAAAGAAGAAGGGAAAGGGUAAGAGGAAGAACAAACACAGAGGUAAAAGCACCACAGCCCUGAACCCGGAGCACAUGUACCACACGAGCGAGUACCACACGAGCGGGUUCACGUCAGCCAUCAGCACCACAGAGGAUCCCUGCACCUCCACACACCUGGACUACUGCAUCCACGGCCACUGCCACUACCUGGAGGGCCUGCACGAGCCUGUGUGCAUCUGUAUGAAGGGUUACGUGGGAUUACGCUGUGGGAUCCAGACCUUGGAGACUAAAGGACCCUCAGAAGACGAGGGCAGUGGUCCAGAGCUGAUCCAGACUGUGCUGGUCGUCAUUGCUGUGGUUCUGUCUGUCAUCAGCUGCAUUGCCAUCAUCCUAAUGACCUGUGCCCAUUACAGGUCUCAUAAAAAUUUUCUGGCGUCAUAUCUUGGAAGUGGAGGAACAGCAAAAGAACAAGAGAAACUCCAGAAAACCCAGAAUGAUGCUGUGGUGUGAAAAUGACGAGUUGUUGCCAGAUUUGGCAAAACCUUCUACACAUAACAUGUGAGCCGCAGCGUGAGAAGACGGCGCCGUCCUGCAGACCCUGAGGAUCCUGGCGACUGCGGCCGGCUGCUUUUGUAGAUGCUGUUUUAAAGAAUGAUCUGAAGUCUUUAUUAGAAUGUAAUUUAUUCUAGUGUGGUUAUUUAUUGCUAAAAUGACAUUGAACUGUAUGUACAGUCCGUGGAUGCUGAGCAUUCACUUUUCUUAAAGUUUAUAGCUGUUUUAUUUAUUGCACUGCUGUUGUUAUAGGUCAGACAAACCCUUUUCAUGUCAGAGGG